UGGGAGCGGUCAAAAUAGAUGUAAAGACGCGUCAGAAAGGCGUUUCCGUUAUAUUCCUGUGUAUUUACAAACUGCCAGCCACAGUGAUGGAGGACUGGGAUUUCUUAAAGGUUCUGCUCUUUUUCACAUGUUCUGUUCAUCUUUCAGGAGCAGUCCCACACUCCCUGCAGUACAUCUACACUGCCAUCAUACCAACUUUAAACUGCACAGCUGUUGGUCUGGUUAAUGGAGAGCAGAUUGUGUACUACGACAGCAGCACCAAGAAAAUGAUCACAAAGACAGAGUGGGUGAAGAUGAUCAAAUCUGUUGAUCCACAAUACUGGAAAAUCCAGACACAGCAUAUGCAAAAUCAACAGGAGCGUUUCCAAGACAAUCUAGAGGAAGUGAUGCAGAUCUUUGGUCACGCUAAAGGUGUUCAUACACUACUGAAGGUGUAUGGCUGUGAAAUUGGUGAAAACAGCACCUUUAGUGGACACUAUCAGUACAGUUAUGAUCAAAAAGAUUUCUUCCAUCUCGAUCUAAAAACCGGAACCUGGACUCCAGCUGAUGAGAAAGCUGAGAUCUUUAUAAAGUGGUGGGAUCCGAAAGGAGAUAACGCGAAAUACUGGAAGGACUUUUUGGAGACUGACUGUGUUGACUGGUUAAAAAAGUACCCGAAUAAUGGCAUACAGGUUUGGCAGCAUAAAGUUUCUCCUAAAACGUUUCUGUUCCAAAAAGAAUCUUCUCCUCCAGAGGUGGUGUGUGAUGCUACAGGUUUCUUUCCCAAAGCACUGAAUAUCUCCUGGAGGAAGGAUGGAGAGGACGUGCAUUUGGACGUGGAUCUCAGAGAGACGUUACCCAACCAGGAUGGAAGCUUCCAGAAGAGGAGCAUUCUGAAAGUCUCAGCUGAGGAGCUGCAGAAACACACCUACACCUGUGUGAUUGAGCACAGCAGCUUGGAGAAGGAUUUAGUGCUGCCUGUGAGCGAGAGACGAAUCCUGAGAGAUGGAGGAUCAGGUGGAGGAUCAGAUGGAGGACAGAUUGGGAUCAUCGUUGGUAUCAGCGUGGCUCUCGUUGUUCUUGUUGUUGCUGGAAUUGUGGUCUGGAAGAAGAAGAACUCUGGAUUUAAACCUGUUCUACCCAAACCCUCCUCUGAAGGAGAUUCUUCCUCCAAUAACUCCUAAAGUGUGAGAGUGUGUGAUCCUGCUGCAGUGAGAGAGAGAGAGAAGAUGGAGAUGAAGGAGUUAAAUGGACAUUGUAGCAACAUGAACAUCAGGAACACAUCAGGACAAAGUGCACUGGUCACUCUGGAUGAGGACAUCUGCUAGAUGCCAGUUAAUUACCUAAGUAAUAGAUUAAAGAUAUACCUUUAUUCGUCCCACA